AUGUGCAGUGAAAACGCAAGUCCUAGCCGUUCGGCGAACAAGCGAGAUGAAACAUGCGCUGAUGCUCCCGAGGGCACGCUGCCAUCCUUCAAAUCCGUCUCGCACGUACUUUUUGACCUGGACGGCCUGCUUUUAGACACCGAGAAGCUCUACACGCACGCUGCGGAGAGAGUGGCCUCUCGUUACGGCAAAACGUUUACCUGGGAGCUCAAUAGGCGGGUGCUGGGCACCCCAGACACCUGCGCGGCUCGCACAAUUGUCGAAAUCCUUGGUCUGCCGCUAACCCCGGACGAGUUCUUGAAAGAAGUGGAUCGAAUGUGCGAGGAAGUUUACCAUACCGCACAACUCAUGCCUGGAGCUGAACGUCUGCUGCGCCACCUACACGCUCACGGCAUCCCCAUGGCCGUUGCGACCAGCUCGACACCAGCUUCAUUCACCCUCAAGAUGACGCAGCAUCAAGACAUUGUGGCCCUCUUUCACCACGUGGUCUGCUCUGGCGGAGACUCAAGAGUGAAGCGCGGGAAGCCUCACCCGGACAUUUUUCUCGUCGCUGCGUCCAAGUUUGUUGACACGCCACCUUCCGAAAAGGUGCUGGUGUUCGAAGACUCGCCUAUGGGUGUAACGGCUGCUCUGGCCGCCGGUAUGCAGGUGGUUAUGGUUCCCGACCCUCGUAUCGACGAAGAGAACCGGCGUCGGGCUACGCUAUGCAUCGUCUCGCUGAUUGACUUUAAACCCGAGCUGUUUGGGCUCCCGUAUUUCAACACUUCGCCACAGAAGAACUGA